AUGUGGGGCGACUUCCUGCCCAUGGUCGCGCUCUUCUUCUUCAUGGCGUUCGUCAACACCAUCAUCGACUCCCUCAAGGACACGCUCGUCGUCACGUCCGUCGGCGGGGGCCCGCAGGUCAUCCCGUUCCUCACCGUGUACGCCGUGUUCCCCUCGAGCCUCCUCUUCUUCACCCUCUUCUCCAUCGGGACGCAAGUCUUCUCGCGCGCGGCGCUCUUCAACAUCUCCAUCUCGGCCUUCAUCGCGUACUUCGCGCUCUUCGGCGGCUUCCUGUACCCGAACCACGACGUCCUGCACGCCACGGGCCUCGAACCCAUCCUCGCCGCGCUGCCCCCGGGCCUCGCGGGCCUCGGCGGGAUGAUCCGGAACUGGACGUUCACGACCUUCUACUGCAUCUCCGAGCUCUGGGGCGACGUCGUCCUCAGCCUCAUGUUCUGGGGCCUCGCGAACGACACCACGCCGAUGGACCGCGCCAAGGUGCUCUACCCGCUCUUCGGGAUAGGCGCCAACGUCGCGCAGGUCUUCUCCGGGAAGCUCCUGCGCUUCAUGGGCGAGUACGCGGUCGCGACGGACAUGUCGUUCCGCACGCAGCUCCAGAUCCUCCUCGGGAUCUGCGUCGGGUGCAGCUUUUGCGUCCUGGGCGUGCACGCGCACAUCAUGCGGCGCGCGCGGGCGGCGAAGCGCGCCGCGAAGGCGGCCGAGCAGGCGGAGAUGCAGGCGCGGAUGUCGAAGAUCGACCUCGGCACCAACGGCGCGGGCGCGGCGGGCAGCACCCCCCCGACCCCCCCCCCGAAGAAGAAGAAGAAGGGCAUGAAGUUCGCCGAGGCCAUGCGGUUCGUGACGUCGUCGCCGCAGAUCCGGAUGCUCGCGGUCAUGUCGCUGUCGCAGGGCGUGUGCACGACGCUCCUCGAGUUCGCGUGGAAGUCGGAGCUCCGGCGGCUGCACCCGACCCCGCAGGCAUUCAGCGCCUUCAUGGGCGACGUGGCUGCGUGGACGGGCAUCACGACGGUGUGCCUCAUGCUCGUGUCGCCGUACUUCUUCUCGAAGAUCGGCUGGACGGGCGUCGCGUCGACCUCGCCGAAGCUCCUCCUGUACGGCGGCACGGCCUUUUUCGUGCUGGCCACCGCGUCGCACGCGUUCGCGCCCGCGCUGAGCUCCGCGGGGUUCUCCGGGCCGGUCCUCGCCGCGCUCGCGAUCGGCGGCGCCGCGCUGUACGUCCUGAACCGCGGGUGCAAGUUCUCCCUGUUCAAGCCGGCGGAGGAGAUGGUAUACAUCAUGCUGGACAAGGAGUCGCGGACCAAGGGGAAGGCGGCGAUCGACGUGGUCGGCGCGCAGACGGGCAAGUCGUCGUCGUCGAUCCUGCAGCAGCUGCUGCUCCUGCUGAGCGCCGGGAACAUGACGACGAUUCUCCCCGUCAUGAUGGGCUUCCAGCUGUACAUUCUGCGAGGCUGGCUCAAGUCCGUGGUCGGACUGGGCAACUUCUACAACGAGAACCAGCACAAGAUCGGAUAUCAGUCCACGCUGCAGUCCGUCGAGGACGUCAAGGGGCACGGGCCACCCGCGCAGCCGGCGCAGGGCCCCGCCGGCGCUCCGUCCCCCAGCUGA